CGCGCUCGGGGGCCGGCGCGGGACCGCAGCGCGCGCCCGGCCCGCAUCUCUCUCCUCCCCGCUCUCUCCCAUCGCCUACAGCCGCCCCGGACCUGGCCAUGGGGAACGUGCCAUCCGCGGUGAAGCACUGCCUCAGCUACCAACAACUUCUCCGGGAGCAUCUCUGGAUCGGGGAUUCAGUGGCAGGGGCGUUCGAGCCCGCGCAGGAAUCAUCCCAGCCAUCUGGACUACCUGAAUAUGUGAAAAUAGUAGAAGUUGGACCUAGAGAUGGACUGCAGAAUGAAAAGAUUAUAGUUCCUACAGAUAUAAAAAUUGAAUUUAUCAAUCAACUCUCCCAAACUGGCUUGCCUGUAAUAGAAGUGACAAGCUUUGUGUCUUCCCGAUGGAUACCACAGAUGGCAGAUCACACUGAAGUGAUGAAGGGCAUUCGUCAAUAUCCAGGAAUUCGCUAUCCUGUCCUUACUCCUAAUCUUCAGGGUUUCCACCGUGCUGUUGCUGCUGGAGCCACUGAGAUCUCCGUUUUUGGUGCUGCCUCUGAACCCUUUAGCAAGAAGAAUAUUAACUGUGCUAUUGAAGAAAGUAUGGAGAAGUUUGAGGAGGUCGUUAAGUCUGCAAGACACAUGAAUAUUCCAACACGAGGGUAUGUAUCCUGUGCCCUGGGCUGUCCAUAUGAAGGAAACAUCACACCGCAGAAAGUAACAGAAGUGUCUAAGAGAUUGUAUGGCAUGGGCUGUUACGAGAUUUCCCUGGGAGACACAAUUGGAGUGGGAACUCCAGGAAGCAUGAAGAGGAUGUUGGAAAGUGUCAUGAAAGAAAUCCCACCCAGGGCUCUUGCUGUUCACUGUCAUGACACAUACGGACAAGCCUUAGCAAAUAUCCUUACGGCCCUUCAGAUGGGGAUUAAUGUGGUGGAUUCUGCAGUAUCCGGAUUAGGUGGUUGCCCUUAUGCAAAAGGUGCUUCUGGGAACGUAGCCACUGAGGAUUUGAUCUACAUGCUUAAUGGCCUGGGGGUCAAGACAGGUGUGAAUCUUUACAAAGUGAUGGAAGCUGGUGACUUCAUCUGCAAAGCUGUGAAUAAAACUACAAACUCUAAAGUAGCACAAGCCUCAUUCAACGCUUGACUUGAAUGCAUUUGUGAGUUAAGGCUGAGAAGCUCCAUUUCAGCUACAGAUACUCAUCUGAAAAUCAUUACUGCCAACUUGUUCUGAAAUGUGAAGUAAUAGACAAGAGUGGGGGAAAAAAAGAGAUACUUUGAAAAAGAGUAGGCUGGAUAGAUUACAAAAAUUGACCGGAAGAUACACCAGUCAUCAGGUGAAUUGCAAGCCGGGGCUAAAUAAUAAAAUGUGUGGACAUGCUUUGAACUUGGAGAAAAGUCUACUCUUUUGCUCUUAUAGAAAUAACUUUUUAAUUUAGUUGACGUGAAAAUUGACUUCAGAUUUCCCUAAGUAUCAAAAACUGUGUUAAUACUUAAUCAAGCUGGCUUAGCACAGCGUACAUAUCAUCAGUAGUUUAUGAGCUCCUGCAUGGUGUGCAAAGUGUGUGGCCUCCAUAUUAUACGUUAUGUGCCUCUGGAUCUCAACUUCCCAUUUUCCAAGUCAGUUAAAUUAUGGACCAAGUGCCAAAUCUCCAUCUGACCCUACAUAAUUUUUAGCGAUAGAACUUUUAUAUUUCAAGUAUGCUAACAUCUGUUAAUUAUUUCAGUGGCUUUAUCUUGUUCCAAGAGGCUGUGGUCAGUGACAAGUUGCCACACCCUGGAAACAUAUUACCUUCCAUGUUUGUCACAUGCAUCCAGUUUACCUUGCUUUCCCUCUCAUCAGCUGUAGUGAAAACCAGGAGCGUGUUACUCGGCUAUUGAGAAAUAAGGGGUACAACUUUCAUCCCAAUGUCUAAGUUGCAGUGAUGAGAAUAGAGUGAUACAUGUACUUUUAUCAUUUUCAGCUCACUUCCAAAUUGUCCAAGAAAUGUCACUGUGAUCCUAAGAAUAUUAAGGCAGUUAUUAAAAUUCAUGAAAAAAAACAACCUUUCCAUUGAUUCACUUUGAUUAAAUCACAUCUGUUUGGGGUUGACUUUUUAUGGUUAUUUUUAAUGUUGAAGUGGCUGAAAUUUUAUCUUUUGUAAUAGCAUUGCCAGAAAUAGCAAAAAUUAAUAUAUCAAAGUUGAGAAGAGGCACAGGACGGCUAUGUUAAGAAAGAAACAUUUCUGUAACCUAUGCAGAUCAUAUGGGGACAGUAUUAUUCCAUGUGGAUCUGAAUCGUCAGUUUUAUUAUUUAUGUAGACUUCUCCAAUGAUACUGGGUGAUCUUAUCUUUGAAUAAAUUUGAAUAGAAUUUGAAAUAUGAAA